AUGACCUCAGAAACCCAACCUCUAUCCCUUGAGCCCUCGCCAUCGGCGAAAGAGUUUGAGUUCGUCCCAGAUUCCCUACCCAGCCCCAGUCCUGAAACCCAUUCGCCCCCUUUGGAACCCCUGCCUCAAACCGUGAGACCGUUCAGUCUCGCCCCGGAAACCCAACACUCUUCAAGGUCGGAAUCCCCUAAUCCCCACCUCCCUUUUUCGGAUCCUAACCCGUUGGCAAUCACAGUGUUUCAACCCUUGGAUGCAGCCUAUCUUAAGGAAUGGAGGAAAGAGCAAGAUUUGCAUCACAUCAUCAAAGCUGGAAAAAAUCUUCAACCUGUUUUACAGCUGAAUGCUGAAGUUACUCCGGAGGAGGCUUUCAAUCAGUUUGAGGAGGUGGCUUACACUUCUAAAGGAAAGAAGAGAAGAGAGCAUAGAUCGAAGCUGCAAAUGGAAAUUCACCGACUGGGGGUUCAGGUCCAGCCUUGUGUAACCCCGCGGAGGAGGAAAAUGGAUACCAGAAGGCGUGACCGUGGUGAUACCAAUUAUGCAACGGGGUGCUCUGAUCGCUCCCCCUCCAGGUCUGCUGUUAAUAGUUCCCAUGAUUAA